ACCCUCUACCCUCUUUCAAAUCCGAGGCUCCAUGUCUGACUUUUGUACACUACUAUUUUAGCUGCCAUGUCUCGACGCAGUCUUUUUCGCGACGUUCAAUGUCGAAGCAACUUUAUUUGCCAAUCAUGCAUUUCAGCGGGACGAAAGCCACACCAACAACCAUGGACAAUCCGACACAACAGCUCCGAGGCCACGGCCACACAACGACUCAAGUCCAAAAUCAAAACCCAGGGUCGACGCAGAGUCCAACCGCCUGUUUCCUCCUCUUCAAGACCCAAGCCGGACACUAGGAUUUCACUACCGCUUGGGACAACAAGGGAUACAGAGAAUGGGGAUGCGGCGAACGGUGACGCGUCCGCAGCGCUCCUCCGAGACCUGUUAAAGAAGAGCGACGAUCACACCGUUAAAUUCUUCGAGAAAAACGACAAGGGGCGCGUCACGCCGCUUCAAGGUGAUAAAGACUUUUCCGAGUCUCUAAGCGGGUUUAAGGAUUUUCGAAAGGACUUCAAACUCGACCUUGGAGGAGAUAUGAGAAGUCUUCUUGCCGAACUGAAACAAGACGGAACGCUCAAUGCCAUAGGGAUCAACGAUGUCGAAUCCGUUGCCCAGGAUAUAGAAGCCAACUUGGGCAAUCUCGAAGAUGCGGAAGCGGUUGGAGAGAAACUCGAUGCCUACAUUAAGAAGCUGGAAGAACAGCUGGAGGCCCAAGGCGAAGUCAUGGACGACUUGCAGGAUUUGAAUCUAGACGAGUUCGACCUCGAUGAGGACGAUCCCGAGAUGUUUCUGCGGCAGCAAUAUCCCAAGACGAAGAAACAGCCACGGCCGAUCCCCCAAAUCCCGACCGACACAUGGACCUACAACCAGCGAAGGCGAGUAAGCCGGCUCAACGCGAUCCUCGAACGCGUCGACAAGGAACUCCGACGCCGCGAGGCGUUGAUGGCAAAGACGGUGCAAUCCGUCUGGAAGUCAUACAACCUGUCCAGGCAAACGCUCGCCAAGGCAUGGGGUCACGUCCCGCUUGACGUCUGGGACUUGCUUUGGAAAAUCUUCUCGGCCGACGAGGCCAUCAACCCGAACCGCUUUCCCUACCUGUCCCUUCUGGCAAGGGACAUGAGCGAGGCCAAGAUCGCCCUCAACCCGUCGCAGCAGCUCAUCAGCAUUGAGGCCAUGUUCGUUGAGGGCUUCGAAGCCAAGGCCACCGAGAACUGGAAGCGAUGCAUGAGCACGCUGGGUGACAGCGGGUCUGAUACCUUUCGCGAAUACUGGGAGCUGGGCGUUCGCAUGUUCUGCGAGGCCGGUGAUCUGGUCCAAGCGGAACGAGCCGUCAACAAGCUCCUCGAACGCCACCUCGAUCCGCGGAUUCUCAUGCCGUUUAUCCGGAGCUGCGCCGCGCAACCGUCGGAGGAGAUGCGUGAGAAGGCGUGGGAUGCCUAUCGACGGCUCCGGGGCAUGCUCGGGGAGUCGAUGGGGCUGGAAGACUACGACCAGGUCAUAUCGUUCUUCCUCGCCACGAACCAGACCGAACGCGCGCUCCAUGCUUUCGUUGACAUGAUGACGGCUGGGACCAUCGAUCUCCAUGGUCGUACUCACCUGCCGUCCAAGAUUGGGAACAAAUUCUUCUUCGGCAAAUGGCUCAAGCGGCUCAUUGGAGCGGGUGACUUCGACGGAGCGCAUAGCGUGUUCGCGUUCAUGCGGUCCAAGGGCAUCGAGCCCGCCCCCAUCCAGAUCAACGGCCUCAUCGCCGCCUGGCUCAGGAGCGGCGGCGCCGAAGACCUGAAAAAGGGGGAGCAAGUCGCCUGGGACAUGAUCAGUGCGCGGAUCGAAUUCGUCCGUGCGAGGGAACGGCUCGCCGGCCUGACGGGGCCGGUGCAACUGGUCGAGGUCAACACCAAGCAGGAAGUGGGCCCGGUGCCCAAGGCGACGCUCGAGACCUUCUGCCUCCUGGCCGAGAACUACCGCCUGCGCCGGCUGCCGAAGCGGAUGGAGGAGCUCUGGGCGGCCUUCCGCGAGGCCAAGAUCAGCCCGGACGCCUUCAUGCUGAACCAGCUGAUGGAGUCGCACUCGCAGUUCGGCAACAUCCGCGAGGCGCGCGCGCUGUACCGGUCGCUCGUGCGCGAGGGCGGCGUCAAGCCCGACUCGCACACGUUCAUGGCGCUGUGGAAGAUGCUGGGCGCCAACCGGCUCAACGUGGUGGGCGCGGACCACGUGGCGGACGAGGUGGCGCUCACGCGCGAGACGUUCGCCGAGACGAUCCGCUUCUCGCACGUCUUCGACGGCGGGAAGCUGGACGGCCAGCUCGCGCGCAAGAUGCUCCAUACCCUGCGCCGCCUGAAGGACGACCUCGGCAUCGUGGUCGCUUUGAGGGCGUUUUGGCGCCUGUUUGGGUACGCGCCGCCCGAGGUGCUCGCGCUGGAGAUGGCGGUUGGCACGACGAACUUGGCGUGGGACACGGCGUCGGCGCGGCAGAAGCUGCGGCUUGCGAAGCGCAAGAUCGAUGCGCAUGUCGAGGAGCGGCAGAAGAUGUUGGGUCAGCCGUCCGUUACGUUGGAUGAGAUGACGCCGGAGCGGCGCGGGGAGGAGAUGGCUGCGUAUCUGGAGACUUUGUAUUUGUCUAAUGUGCCCGGCGGGGAGGCCCAGUUGGCAGGUGUUGCCAGGGAAAUGGGCGUGUAUGAUAUUCUGGUGAAGUGAAAACCGAUAGACAAGACUAUACCCCCCUGUUUGUAUUAUAUGAAAAUCUAGAAGACAUC